AUGGAAGAAGGAGGGACGAAAUGGAUUGGUUCCUCAGAGCUGGUUCGGGAGACCUGGAAAGAUCUUGUUUUGGUACUCCCGAUGGGAAUGGAAAGAGAGAAGAUGGUGCUUCUUACCCGCUUGGAUAUCCAGAUAUGGGCUAACCUCCGUCCCUUAGCGGGGGAAGAAAGACUUGGAUUUGCCUCAUUGCAUCCCAGGGAUCUAGAUAUGGGAAGUCCGCAGGAUAGACAUCGGAACAAAGAAAUGGAGAUAGAGAUGCUUGGCAACUGUGAACCCGCUGUUCAAUCAUCCCCAGUUAGAAAGGUAACCUCAUGCCUAAGCGCUGUUCGAGAAGGAUAUGUGGGACUUAAGGGGUAUGCCUUCCCUUCUGACUUUCCUUCGUCACCCGAUUCCUCUCCUGAUUACUUUUCUUUAUUGCCAUUUCCUGCUUUCCUAACCUUCACCCCCUUCGGAAAUAUAAGGCAAAGCAAUGAAGCUAUCCGUGAAGAAGUGAUUCCCAAGCGCGACACGGUCUGUCUACUCCACUGA